CCCCGCGCCCCCCGCCCAGGCCGGGCUCUCGCCCCCGCGCGGCGCCCGCGCUCUCCCCGCGCCUGCACGCGGCGUGCCCGGGCAGCAUGCUCCGCGUCCUGCUCCUCGGCGUGCUGGCCCCCGCCGGCCUGGGGCUCCCCGCGCCCGCGCAGCCCCAGCCACGCAGCAGCCAGUGCGUGGAGCACGACUGCUUCCAGCUGUUCCGGGGCCCCGCGACCUUCCUCGCCGCCAGCCAGACCUGCGAGGGCCUGGGGGGCCACCUGAUGACCGUGCGCUCCUCCGUGGCGGCGGAUGUCAUUUCCCUGCUACUGAGCGGCGACAGCGGCGACAGCGGCGACAGCGGCGACGGCCCGCGCCUCUGGAUCGGCCUGCAGCUCGAGCGCGGCUGCAGCAACCCGGCGCAGGGCGGGCCCUUGCGCGGCUUCCAGUGGGUCACCGGCGACAACCGCACCAGCUACAGCAGGUGGGCGCGGCCCCACGGCGGCCCCGCGGGCCCGCCGUGCGGUCCCCUGUGCGUCGCGGUCUCGGACGCCGCGGCCCCAGCACCCGGCGAGCCCGCCUGGGAGGAGCAGCGGUGCGCGGCGGAGGCCGACGGUUUCCUCUGCGAGUUCCACUUCGCGGCCUCCUGCAGGCCCCUGCUCGUGGACGCCCGCGCCGCGGCGGCCGGCGUGUCGGUCACCUACAGCACCCCGUUCGGGGCCCAGGGCGCGGACUUCCAGGCGCUGCCGGCGGGCAGCUCCGCCGCCGUCGCGCCCUUCGGGGUGCAGCUGGCGUGCGCGGCGCCGCGCGAGGAGGCCGAGGCGCGCUGGGGCCGGGAAGCGCCGGGCGCCUGGGACUGCGGCGUGGAGAACGGCGGCUGCCAGCGCGCGUGCGGCGGAACUGCCGGGGCGCCGCGCUGCCUCUGCCCGGCCGACACCUACCUGCAGGCCGACGGGCGCUCCUGCGCGACGUUUGCGGAGCACUCGUGCCAUAAGCUGUGCGAGCACUUCUGCAUUCCCAACGCCAGCGUGCCGGGCUCCUACUUGUGCAUGUGCGAGACGGGGUACCAGCUGGCUGCCGACCAGCACCGGUGCGAGGACGUGGACGACUGCGUCCAGGUGCCCAGUCUGUGCCCGCAGCUCUGCGUCAACACGCGGGGUGCCUUCGAGUGCCAUUGCUACCCCGGCUACGAGCUGGUGGACAACGAGUGCGUGGAGCCCGUGGACCCGUGCUCCGGGAGCAAGUGUGAGUACCAGUGCCAGCCCGUGAGCCAGACCGACUACCGCUGCAUCUGCGCCGAGGGCUUCGCACCUAUCCCGCACGACCCUCACAGGUGCCAGAUGUUCUGCAACCAGACCGCAUGCCCAGCGGACUGCGACCCCAACAGCCCAACUUCCUGCCAGUGCCCCGAAGGCUACAUCCUGGAUGACGGCUUCAUGUGCACGGACAUCGACGAGUGCGAAAACGGAGAGUGCCCCGAGGCCUGCCGCAACCUCCCAGGCACCUAUGAGUGCAUCUGCGGGCCUGACUCGCCCUUAGCAGGCCAGGUGGCCACGGACUGUGGCCGCAUCAUCGGCGACCCUGAUGGUGACAGCGACAGCGGCUCUGGGGAGCCCCCAGUCACCCCGACUCCCGGCGUCACCCCCAGCCCCUCACCUGUAGGGCCCGUGCAUUCUGGAGUGCUCAUUGGCAUCUCCAUCGCCAGCCUGUCUCUGGUGGUGGCGCUUUUGGCACUCCUGUGCCACCUGCGGAAGAAGCAAGGCGCCCCCAGGGCCGAGCUGGAGUACAAGUGCGGUGCCCCAGCCAAGGAGGUGGUGCUGCAGCACGUGCGGACUGAGCAGAUGCCUCAGAAGCUCUGAGAGGCCUCUUCCCUGCCCCUGGCUGUGGCUGGGUCUUUCCCUCCCUCCUAUGCCUCUCCCCCUCCCCCAGCCUUGCUCCCUGGCCACCUGCUCAGGAGCACUUUAGCUGGUAUUGGAACUGGAGAAGAUCCUGCCCCACUUCUUUUGCUGAUUCCACACUUGGCUGGGGAGUGGGGGUUGGAAGGAAUAAGCUCCCCAGAAACUUCCAGGACAUCAUCCUCAGACAGCUGGGCAGAGAUGGCAAUUUGUAACAAAGUCACAGACUACGCAGUGUCCCAUGCCCUCCCCCAGAGGCACAUGACGGGUGAGCCUCCUUGGCUGGCAAGCUUUGGGUCAGACUUAUGAUCCUGUGAACUAGUGAGUGUAAUCAAGGUGUGGAUAAUGACCAAGGUAUUUAUUUUUUAAGUAUUUAGGAUGGCUGCUUUUCCCUUUGCUUUUUUGCUUUGUUUCCCCUUCUGUAUGACUCCAGUCCCCACUUUGUAUCCCUCCCUCCCUCCCUCCAUCCCUCCCUCCUUUCCUCACUUCCCCCUUCCCUAUCUGUAUAUUUAUCUAUUUCCACUCUUUGGGGGACAGUUAAGCCCCCUAUGGUGGUUUUCCCAGCACUCUCUCGCAUUGCUGAAGCCCAGACCCCUUCUUUAUUCCUCCCAUUUCUCCCCUUGCUGGGACUCAGCCAGCCUGCCUGGAGUUUCCCUCCCUGGCCACAGUCCUUCUGCUCUUCCACGUGUGCCUUUGCAAAACUCCUGUGUGAAACAGAAUCCAAAACACUACAAUCAGGCUGGUUGGGGAUUUAUGUGCUCUUGAACCAGAUUUGCUAGUUUAUCCUGAAAUUUCACUUUAAUAAGAGUUAAGAUGUGAGAGGCAUUCAUUGAACUAAUGUUGCAUUAUAGAAAUUCAACCCAAGGAGCUUUUUAUUUUUAUUUUUUAAACAAUGGGUCUGGGUUUUAUUGUCGUUUUCAUUUGAACUGAAAGAUCCGUAUUGUUGUUAAGUUUCUUAUGUUUCUUUUUCCCAUUAUUAUAAUUGUUGUUAUUACUGGCUAUCUUGGACAAUGUUGAAAAUGUUCUCAUGAUUGCUCUAGAUUAAGACAGGGAUGAAGCACCUCCCAGGAAAUGGUUUAAGAAAGUUCUGAGCUGCACAAUUCAUGCCAGUUACCAUUUUGAGUCUUAUUCUUCUUAUAAUGUGUGCUCCGAAACAAAGCCAGUUCUGCUGGGUUUGGGGGGAUUUGGGAACUUGGGGAUGGAGCCUGGCACAUGCUCAAUUCAGGCUUCACCUUGAUCAAGCCCUUGAGAAUUUCUCCCACUUCUGAGUGACCUUCUAACCCUGGCCACUUAGAACACGGUCCCUGGACAAGAAGUGGGAGCGGCCCCUGGCAGCUGGUUAACAUGCAGAAAGUUGGGCUGCAUGAAAAAUCUAUAUUUCAACAAGAUCUGCAGGGGUCUGCCCAGUCUAGCUUGAGAAGAACUGUUUUGGACAGCUUCCAGCUUUCUGGAAUACAUUACAUAUGGAUCAGUAGUAAGCAGAAGGCCAAGUCAGGGCCUUUAUUCUCAAGAAACUGAGGAAAUUUUGAUGUAUAUAGCUUUGCUUUCUGAUAGAGGUACACCUUGGGGGGUUGUUGGCUCAAUGAAGCUAGGAAGGGAUCAUGCUUCACUGUAUGGGGAAGAUGUAUCAUACAGGUGUAUCUUUUAUAAAACAAAGGUUUUCCUCUAUUUUGUAAACUCAGCACAUUUGUACAUAGUUAUUUAUUUAUUGGAGACAAACUAGAACACAGGCAAAACUCUUGCUUAUGACGUCACAUGUAGGAAAUAAACAAGUAACAGAGUG